CCCAUCGCUAUCAUGGAUUUCGACAUCACUCAAGUAGCACUUCCAACAUUGGACAGACUUAACGCUACCAUUUCUGACGAUGUCAACGCGGAACAAAUAGCGCAACAAUGGUUUGGCUCAUUCGAACAGCACGCUCAGGCAGGAAACGUGACUGGUGUGCUCCACCUGAUGCUCGAGGACGCAUUCUGGCGCGAUAUACUUGCUCUCACAUGGGACAUGCGCACGUUUUAUACCAUUACUCAUAUUCGCAAGUUUUUGGAGGAUCGCCUCGCAUCGGCGCAGAUCUCGUCUCUCAAAUUAGACGCAUCUUCUAUUGAGCUUCAGCGCCCUUAUAACGACAUUGCAUGGAUCCAGGCCUUCUUCACGUUUGAUACACCCACUGGACACGCCUCGGGGAUCGUCAGGCUUGUGCCUUCUUCUCAAGGACCUUGGCUCGCGCACGCUAUCCUGACCAACUUGGAGAGCCUGCGAGCCUUCCCUGAGCAAAUAGGCAUGCUGCGUGAGCAGGAGCCGAACCAUGGUAAAUGGCAGGAGAAGAGAAAAAGAGAGAUCGAAUGUCUCGAUGAAGAUCCGAAGGUCGUCGUUAUUGGCGGCGGUCAGAGCGGUCUGGAGAUCGCGGCGAGGCUCAAAUAUCAGGGUAUCAAAACGCUUGUGGUGGAGAAAGAAUCGCAGGUCGGGUAUCAAUGGAGGAAGAGAUACGAAGCACUUUGUCUCCAUGAUCCUGUCUGGUACGAUCACAUGCCAUAUAUUCCGUUCCCACCUACGUGGCCAGUAUACUGUCCUGCUCCCAAGCUUGCAGACUGGCUUGUGAAUUAUGCUCACAGCUUAGAGUUAGACGUCUGGACAUCUGCCAAUGUGACCAGCGCAAAGCAAGACACUUUGACACAUAAAUGGACUAUCACAAUCAAGCGCGAUGAUGCUUCAGAACGGACCUUCGUGGUCAAUCAUCUUGUUUUCGCUGUUGGUAUUGGGGGUGGGGUCAUGAGCAUGCCUCAGGUCCCCGGAAUAGACGAAUUCCAAGGCCAGGUCAUGCACUCAGGACAAUUCAAGACAGCCAAACAAUAUCAAGGACGGAAAGUCGUAGUUGUCGGGGCGUGCACGUCUGGCCAUGACAUUUCCAAGGACUUGAGUGAUAAAGGUGUCGAUGUCACCCUCUUCCAACGCAGCUCGACGUACAUCAUGUCUACGAAACAUGGCGUACCGAUCCAGAUCGAAAGCAAUUACUCUGAACACGGUCCGCCUGUUGAGAGAGCAGACCUCAUCAACGCUUCGUUUCCCAUCUAUUUCUCAAAAACGAUGAACAAGCGAGUGGUGAAGCUCAUAGCGGACAAGGAUAGGGACGUGCUCGAAGGGCUAGAGCGUGUUGGCUUCCGUUUGAAUUAUGGCAUUGAUGGGUCAGGCUUUCCAUUACUCGCCUGGGAAAGGGCAGGCGGAUAUUACUUUGACGUAGGCGCGAGUCAGGCGAUCAUUGACGGGAAGAUCAAGCUCAAGAACGACAGUCAAAUUUCCCGCUUCACAAAGUCCGGGCUCCUGUUCGAAAACGGGAGCAAGCUGGACGCCGACGUGGUCAUAUUUGCCACAGGGUAUGGGGACGUCAGGGCCUCUAUCCGCGCUGUCAUCGGAGACGAACUUGGAGACAAGCUGAAGCCGAUCUGGGGACUAAACAAGGAAGGCGAGAUCAAUGGAACGUGGCGGGAUUCUGGUGUGCCCAAUCUGUAUUGCAUGAUGGGAAAUCUAGCCCUGUGCAGGUUCUACUCGAAGCACUUGGCACUUCAAAUCAAGGCCAUGGAAGAAGGAAUAUUUGGGGAAAGAUACAGUCUGUGAAACUUGAUCACUUUGGGCUCCAAAUUGGUGCUCGUCGGACGGUUGGUUUCGUGCUGUCGCGCCGAGUUGCAUGUGUUUUUUCUCGGUAUUUUCUUCUUUUAGGGAAUAGUCCUCGGUGGACGAAGCUGAGAAUUUUGGUUUCUAUCAACCUCUGGAUGUCUUUCUUUGUGCAACCAGGCCCGCGGUAAAAUCUGAACUGUAGCUCAUCCAGGUAGCUGGUAAAGCUAAGAAUGCAGGAUCAUUUGAGAGUGUUAUACAUCGUUUAUAGAACACAAAACAACACGGAAAUAAAGAGUGUAUACGAGCCAUCUGGAAGAAAAGACAGUCACGCGGUACAGGAAUCAACAUUAACAAGAGAAUAAUCAUAACCUAUCAAAACACCUCUCUCGGGCCUUCGAUCCUGUCAUGGAACGCCGAGCUGAAUCCGAUCCAACUCGACGAAGCGUCGGAAGAUGUGCGUGCGAUGCUGACGGAUGGAGGCUCAAUCCAGCUGCCCGAGCCAUCGCUGAUCGACCCGAACUCAGAGAACAUAUCCCCGUCGAUCCAUGGAGGUUCUGAACCUGGUGUGCUUGCGACCGACAACGGCGAGAUGGGCUCUGUAGUAUGUAUGGAGGAAGAAAAGUCAAGCGAGGGCAGCACGAAGGACCGCGAGACCUCGGGGUCUUCAAAGAUGCGGCUUUCUGCGACGUUGGCGGUGCUCGCGCGACUUCUGCUAAGUGUGAUCUGUGACAACACGUCUUCAAUCUCGCUCUCGAUCUCGCUCGCAGUCGGAUCAUCCUCACGCUCCUCCUCGAGCACGCACCAGCCUUGCCCACUCUCGCCGAUCACACCGCGGACCCUGUUUGCGUCCCACCCUGCGAAUGUGAUACGCAGGACACUCGCCUCGCCUCGUGUAUCUCCAAAGACAUCACAGACUGCGCCAGAAGCCCAGACAUCUGCGACAUCAAGGCGUGCGAAAAUGGUGGAGAUGCGGAGUGAGUGCAGCCUAUGGUCCUGGUGGAUCGAAGAAAGAGCAGAAACAGGAAGGAGUGGGUGCAACGAGGAGGAGGCUGGAUUGGCGGGGAGAGGGAGACGCGACGUAGGGGUGGGGGCGAGGGGGAUGAGAAGAGUUGCAGUGACACGGGGAAGAGGGGUAGCAGGGAAGUAAUGAUCGAUCUCGCGCUCCGCUGUCGAGGGCGAGGUUGAAGCAUCAAGAUCAGCAGCAGUAGCAGCAGGGUGGAAUUGGAUCCCCUCUGCCCGAACCUUCUGAUUCUCUUUCUUGGCCUCACGAGCUACCUUCUUACCAAGGUACGCCUGUCGUUCUUUGUUCAUCCUGAGGUCAAAGUCAAGCUGCGAAAAUGCCCGACCCGUAACGGAGACAUUCUCCGCAAGAUGCUGGAAGAUGGGACGUCCGGAUGAGAAGUUACGUGCGGUACCCAGACCGACCUGCGUCACGCUGCGGGGCACGGUGGGUGCGCGAGGCAGCUUCGGCGCGCCGAGAGGUUGGGCGAGGGUGUAACGGGUAGUGAAUGAAAGACCUUGUUGAAUCGUCGGUCCCCUGGUACCGUGCGCAGCUCCGUGAUAUGCACGGCCUGCAGCAGCGUGGUUGCCGAGAGUCCCAGGUGUGGUGAGAUGCCCGACGAACCCCUGAACGAGGUUUCGAGUUCGCUGCAGAAGCCUUUGCGCAUGGGAUGACUGGGAGUGUGUUGCGCCCCUAGGAAGCGCAGAAGGAAUAUGGAUGGUUCGGUGUGCAGAUAUGUUUGGUGCUUGAUUGAAUAGGUGGUAAGCCUGGCGUCCUAAAGACUGCCAGGUUCCCGACGACGCUAACGGCAUCGCGAGCAGUCGCAAGUCAGCUACAACACAGCUGGUUUAAGGAGAGCGGCGUCGAUGAUGUGUAUAGAGAUAUCAACAGGAGGAGAGUGAGAGUAAGGAAGAAAGCUGAGAGAUACCUGUUUG